AAUGAAAGGCAGACGUGAGUGGAUGUGGUGUGGAUGUUUAUUACACAGAACCCGAUCACGCAGAUGUAUUGAUAAUAAUCCAGAUUCAAAAUAUUUAGUUGCGCAUGCGUGAGUGGAUCAGUUCGAUAUAAUCGAGAUCAACUGAAACUUUAAAGAAAAAAAAAAAAAAACAGCCUGAGAAAGCGGUCAAUGAUAAAUGUAUAUAACCUUUAAACACGUGCUCUAUUUAUUUACAAUAUAUUUUAUUACAUAUUUAUAAACAAUUAUUAUCAGUUCUGAUGAUUGCAUAAUUAUGAAUUGCGUUAGAUUACUCAAUACAUUUAAGAAAAUGGUUAUGACUUCUCAAUAUUGUACGGCAAAUUACCAGAGUGCUAUUGAAGCUUUAAAUAAUCUACAAUCAAAUGCUGCGUAUUUGAGAACGGCAUCGAGAUAUGACGUGGGUAAUACUACCCUCAAGGAAACGGAAAAAUAUUUACUCAGAUCAGGCUUAACUUUGGAAGACUUAAAAAAGUUAUCAGUGAUCCACGUAGCAGGAACUAAAGGCAAAGGAUCAACAUGCGCGUUCACGGAGUCAAUUCUUCGUCAUCACGGUUACAAAACCGGACUCUACACAUCUCCGCACCUCAUAUCAGUCCGAGAGCGCAUACGAAUAAACGGGCAGUCAAUUUCCGAGGAAAUAUUUACCGAAGAAUUUUGGCGGCUUCACAACUCACUUUCUUCCCAAAAAGAUCAUGAGGCCGACAUGCCUCCGUACUUUAGAUUCUUGACCAUUCUCAUGUUUCACGUCUUUCUUCGAGCCUCAGUUGACGUCGCCAUAGUCGAAGUUGGUAUCGGUGGGCUUUACGACUGCACCAAUAUUAUUCCCCAGCCCGUAUGCGUUGGGAUAACUCGCCUAGACUUAGACCACACCGCACUUUUAGGUGACACGUUGCCUUUAAUUGCUGCCCAGAAAGCAGGAAUUUUUAAAAAAAAUGUUCCCGCUUUUUCAGUAACUCAGCCGUCAGAGACAAUUCAAAUUUUACGCGGAAAGGCCAGCGCCAUCUGUUGUCCAUUGAAUUUUGUGUCCGCCAUUUCGUGUCACGAAUUUAAAAAAAAUCCACCGGAAUUAGGAGUUUCUUCAGAGGUUCAAUAUUCUAAUGCUGCUUUAGCGAUCGAAUUAUCGCGGACCUGGUUAAGUAACAGACAAAAUUCAAUAAAUAAUUCGGUAAUUGAUUAUGACAAAGUUGAAACUGGGCUGAAAUUAUGCAAAUGGCCAGGACGGACACAGAUUUUAAAGACUAAGAGCUUGGAUUUUUACUUAGAUGGCGCGCACACGCAGGAAAGUAUGAACUGCUGCGUCGAGUGGUUCAGCAAAAAAAAAUCCGUGGGAAAAAAAUCAGUUUUGAUUUUUAAUGCAACAGGAAAUAGAGACGCGAAGAGUUUGCUGGAGAUUUUGGGGAGGGUUCAAUUUAGUGGAGCGUAUUUUGUACCGAAUUUCUCGGGAAUUUUUUUAAAAGAAAUGGAAAAUCGAGUGCUGCCGGUUCCUGAGCAGGCGAAAAGAUGCCAAAUUAAUUACGAGCACUGGGUUGUUAAUAAUAAUAAUAAGGGUGCGUGUGCUAAUUCGGUUAAAGAAGCGCUGGAGAUGAUUGAAUCCGAGUUUAAAGCCGAGCAAGUUCAGGUUUUGAUUACGGGGUCACUGCAUUUAAUUGGCGCUGCUCUGGCGCUCCUGGAUCCGGAACUAAAAAUGCACAGUGAUUAA